AUGCUGGAUCGUAUCCACGAAAUCUGCCAGCAUGCCCAGGAGAUCUUCAAACGAAUCAAAUCUGCACCGCAGGACCUGAAUCGCAAGUUUGGCAGGUGUUCUCGAUAUUACAAACUUCUAACCGAUGAUGCACAUCGCGCUUCGGAGCUCAUCAAGUGGAGCAUCCAAUUUAUGAAAGGUUCUGAACUCAAUCUCGUUCAAGAUGCUUGGGGGGGUCAGCUAGAUCGUCUGGAAGACUAUAUCUGGGAAAUUAUAUGCGCCAUCGAUCCACGAACUAACUUACAGAUAGCGGACGAAUUUCAGAACCAGUCAAGACUUGUCCAUGCAUCCGUCAUCCACCUCGCAAGAACAUCACUACCAAUGCUCAAGUUAUCAAAAAUUUUCUAUACCAAACUAUCAAAGCGCUGGAUGAACCAGAGACACUUCUUGCCUUACAGUGACAUGUCUUCGGAUCGAAUCGAAGUUGUUGCCAACUCAAUUGGAUUCGUUUCUCAGGAUAUAGAUGCACUCAUUCAUCUCUUCUUCAAAGCUGAUUCUGACCACAGCGAGACAACUUCCCAAGAGUUCACUCGGGUUACCAGCGAUAUCAAAUCUCAUUUGGAAUCUGCUUUGCUUCCCAUAGUCGCUCAUUAUCUACCGUUGAUCCCAGAUACCGAAUGUUUUUCAUCCAAAGAAUACUACAAAAAUUGGCUUAUUACUUGGAAUACUCAGUAUAACAUCUCCAUCAACAACUGGGACCAUGCUGUGCAAAUGUUUCACAGCACUCUCCAUUAA